AUCUUAUGGCGAAUGCCCUGACAUGCAACCUGGCCAAAUGCCGAAAGAAACUGACCACCGUUGCUUGGGUCACCUCCUGUUCUCAUGUGUUUUGCGAGGAAGACGCCUCGCGGGAGCUGGCCGCUCGCCCCGUAUGCCCGGCGUGCGGUGUUCAACUGCCAGGGAAGUUUGACUUGGUGCGCGUGGACGUCGACCCUCCAGAGCACUUUAGAACGAUGGUGUUGGCCGGCUACAGCCCGGAGAUCAUCAUGGACGCGUGCUCGCGGGCCCUGUCUUUCUGGUCGUACCAAAUGGCCCAGCAGAGUUCCUGCAUGGAGACAUCCGUAGAACGCAGCCGCCAGAGGGCAGCGCAACUGGAGCAGGCUGUCGAGAGGACCACCAGGGAGUGCAGGGCUCUGAAGGAACACUUGCAGGUUGCUGAGCGCGAGAACGCCAAGCUGCGCCAGUACAACGAAGAGCUGCGCGAUCAGCUGGAGCGGCGUUUUGGAGCAGCAAAUGUGGGGGGAUGUGCACGAGUGCCUCCAGCUUCUGCCGCCACAACUUCCACCGGUCAAACACCUGAUCCGGCUCAUCUGGACGCUAUAUUCGCGACCGACGAUCAAGGUGGUUUCUUCUUUCGACCGGUCCAGAAUACGCAUCCCGCAAGACAGACCAAGCCGCCAUGCUUCGAUCAUCAAUGAAGAUUCAGCCCCUGUUCGACACGAUGAUGACCCUCAGAAUUAAGAACUUUGUGUAAUUCUUCAAGUGGAUUCUGUCGAAUUCUCUUUCCGAUAGUCGCAUACGGAGUAACGAGCAAAAAAUACAUUUCUUUCUGCCCGAGUAAGAACAUGGCCAAUAAAUUACCAGUCGCAUUGAAUGUAACAUCGGCAGUAUAGCAAGAAUACACCAUUCUUAUAGUGCUACUGAUCAUAGCGGCUCGCUUUGACUGUGGCAUAGGCCAGGCCUGUGAUUGGCUUUGUGUAGUUUUUUUUUUUUUACGUAAUAGGUGAGCAUACACGUUAUUCAGUCUAUUGAAUUGAAUAGUUAAAGCAUACUUAUUGCAUUGAAAGCACAGUUAAAGGAAAUAUGAAGAGAUAAAAAGGUUUUAUCAGCAGAUUGCAGUUGAACAAU